AUGUCUGUUGUGCUUGAAGACCUCCCCAUUGCACUGCGGCGGACGCGUCGGAGCAGCGCCGUGUUACACAGUCAUCCUCAAGAACCGCAGCCGCCAAAGUCCCCAAAUGUUUCGACGCCUAGCCGUGGAGCCAAGAAGAGAGUCCGCUUCUCAGACCCAGGUCCUGCCUCUGACCACAAUGCCCAAGUCGAUGACGAACCCGUGUCUGGAUCGACGGGGUUGACACCGCACAUCCGUCGGACAACGCUCGAGCCUGGCUCUGGAACUAAGAGACGUCGUCACUCUGGUCCAGUCGCUGUAGACCGCCCAGAUGCGUUUGACUCUACCAUUGACACGCGAUAUAGUGGCGAGGUGACCUUCCUCCCGCUCCGUCAAGUUCUGGAUGGUCGCGUUAAGAGACGCAUCCGGCGUAAUGGACUCAGCGAGGAGAUCAACGUCAUCACUGCCGAGCGGAAAAGAAAGGCACAACAAACCAGUGACGAGAUUGCUACUCUGAAGUCUGAGGUUGCUGCCAAGGACGCUGAGAUCCGUCGCUUAUCUGGUGCCACAGAAAUUGGUCAAGAAGAAGACGACACUCAGGAUAGCAUCGACGAGCUUAAAAGGCAGGUCUCGCAGCUCAGACGGGUCCUGAAGAGUCCUGACUCGUCAAACGAGACCGAGGACACCAUCGACUACAAUACCACUCACAUGGACUGGGCCAUACAAGUUCGAGAUCCUUGCCCCAGCGAGUACUCGGACAUGGAGCUUGACAUCGACGACGAAGAUGAGGAUCUCGAGUUCGGCGACAGGACAAUCGCGGAACUGGCUUGCAGCACGCCUUCCCGUCGGUCGGCAAACAUAAGAAACUCAUUUCCCACACCCCCGUCGACCAGUCCACAUCUAGGACCGAUAAUGCCAAGCAGGCGGCAUCCUGUCACUCCUACUUCCCAGGCCGCAGUGCAAACCUCGUUCACCAAGGCCGACAGGGAAGAGCUGGAAGACGAGCUCGCAUCGCUCCAGCUGGAAAUUGCCAAGCUCACCGGCACGCUUGAGACAUAUGAGUCGAUGACAGCACGCUUGUCCGAGAAGCUGUCCCCCUUCGCGCCCAAGGACGGCUCCGCGGCAGCUCUGAUCAUGGAUUCACGCUCGCCUGCCGUCAAGGUCGAGGCCCAGUUCAACAACCUCCUGCAGGCCUUCUCGGACCGCAGCGCGGUACUCACUGGCCUGGACGCGUCUCUAGGUGAGCUCGGCUUCCCUGGUAAUGACGCCGCGGAGGUCGUGCUGUCGCUGUCCUCCGCAUUCAGGACCGCGCGCCUGGAGCUCGAGUACCUCACGCCCGGAGAAAUCGCCCUACCACUCACGGCAGCCGGCGCGUCGGUACUGGACCUUCUCCUUACACGGUUGCGCGAGCUUGCGAAGCGGACUCUCGAGUGCGAGGAUGCCAUCGACGAGUACCAUGUCCUCGAGCAUUCGCUGCGCAAACAGCUCAGUGCCCGUGCGGAGAUCAUGGACGCCGUGAAGGCCGAGAAGGACGCACUGGCCGACCAGGCCAAGAAGAAGGAUGCGCACAUCAAGGAGCUCGAGAUCGGGGUGCAGCGGCUCAAGGGCGCCGUCAAGUCGUAUACCCGAGAUGUGUCCGAGCUGGAGGGCCUCGUGCAAAGAUUGGAGGGUGAUUUGGACACAGCCAACAAAGACUUACGGGCGGCCAAGGAGCAGAACGAUGCUGACGCGGACGAAUGGUCCGAAGCUGUCAAGGAGAAAGAGUGGAACAUCACGAUGCUGGAGGAGAAUCUGGGCUUGGCCCUGGAGCAGACCUCAGAGUUGAAAGACCAGCUCGAAGAGCUGCGGACAAAGCAUAAGGAGGAGGUCUUCUCCAUGUCCCAGAGGCAUGGCGUCGAUCUGGUUAUGCGAGACUCAAGGGUGUCAGAGCUCAGACUCGAGGUUGACCGCGUCAAUGAGGCCCUGCGUGAAGCCCAUGAGACGGUGUCAAACCUCCGUGUUGAGAAUGGCUCGUUGAAUGAUCGCUUGAACUCUGAAAAGGCGAAGGCUAAGGCAGCCAUCGAUACUAUGAGGAACGAGCUGGAGAGGGUUGUGCGGAUGGGCCAGGACCUCAUGGCCACGCCUAGAAAGAAUCCCGGGCGAGGAUCACGCGCUCAUUGA